GGGAGGAGUCCCGGAGAGAGCAUGCGCGAAGGGCCCCUCGGGCGAGUGGUAAACAGAGACGUCAGGCUGGGGGUGCUGCUUGUGGGAUCAAAACAAAAGGGGAAGGCGGGCUGGGGGGCGCGGGGUGCUCUGGGCGCGGGUCCGGGGCGGAGGGGCCGAGGCCCCGAGGGCCUGGCCGGGCGGGGGCCGGCGCAGGCGGGCGGGGGGAGGGGCGAGUAGGGGCCGGCCGGGGGAGGGGGUAAGAAGAGCCAUGCCAUGCGUGACUCGGUGCCCCGGGGAGGAGGAGGCGGCGGCGGCGGCAGCAGUGGGAAGGGAGGCUGGCUGAGAGUGGCCUGGGCCCCGGCAGGCUCCAGGGACUAGGCGCCUGGCAGGCACGUCUGGGGAGGAGCCCCCCGGGGCGCCGCCGCCGCCGCCGCCGCUGCUGCAGCAGCAGCAGCAGCCGGGCCAGCCGGGCCAGCCAGGGCAGCAGCAGCAGCAGCAGGGGCAGGCGCCCCCCGCGUGGCCGGCCAGGGCCACCGAUCUGCCUGUGGAGGUGGGGGGGGGGGGUGCAGAAGGGGAGGAACAGCAGCAGCAGCAGCAGGAACAGCCCGAACAGCAGCAGCAGCAGGAGGUGGAGAAGGAGGAAGGAUGGGCCCGGAGCCCUGGGCCCCCCUCGCCCCUGCCGCCGCCCCCCGGGCCGGCCCCCCGGAGUGCUGAGCCCCCUGAGCGAGGCCAGCCCCACCACGCAUGGAGCCCGGCGGCCAGCGGGAUGGGGAGCAGCCCGGGCCGGGGGCGGCGCGCGCGCUGGACGUCGAUCCCGACUUUGAACCCCAAAGCCGGCCCCGCUCGUGCACAUGGCCCCUUCCUCGGCCCGAGCCCGCCGCUCUGGGGCCCGAGGGGCGGCCUGAACCGGGGCCGCCUCUGCCGCCGCUGCUGCUGCUGCCGCCGCCGCCGCCGCCGCAGCGGCAGCCGCUGCCCGAGCCUGGGGGGGGGCCCGGAGCCGCCGGCCGCUUAGGGGCCCCCGUCGGGGCCGCCGCCGCCGCUGCCGCCGUCGCCGCCGCCGCCGCCGCCGCCGCCGCCGCUGCCACAGCUACGGGGCCCCGCAAGGGUGGCUCCCGCCGGAACGCCUGGGGGAACCAGUCUUACGCCGAGCUCAUCAGCCAGGCCAUCGAGAGCGCCCCUGAGAAGCGACUGACGCUGGCCCAGAUCUAUGAGUGGAUGGUCCGCUCCGUGCCUUACUUCAAGGACAAGGGCGACAGCAACAGCUCCGCCGGCUGGAAGGUACUGCGUCCCCCCUCCCCUCCCUCCCUCCCUCCCUCCCUCCACGGCUCUCCUCCCCCUCCCCUCCCCUCCCCUCCUCCCCCCCACCCCCCCACCCCCGCCAGCUGUGUGCCGCAGCCCAGUCCUGGCCCCCGUGCCGCACCGCACCGACGGGGAGGGCGCCCUUACAUCCCCUCCCCAGCCUCGCAGCCCCGGGCAGGCGGGCACACACGGGCGGACGGGGGCGACGGCUGCCCUGCACUGCCCUCCCCUCUCCUCCCCUGCCGUCCCCUCCCCUGCCGUCCCCUCCCCUCCUCUGCCCUGCCCUGCCCUCCUUCUGCCGCUGCCGCUGCCGCCGCCGCCGCCGCCGCCACCGCUGCCGCCGCUGCUGCUGCCGCUGCCGCCGCUGCCUCGGUGGGGACGUGCUGCCGCAGAGCUCUUUUGGCCCUGAAUUCCAUCCGACACAACCUCUCCCUGCAUAGCAAGUUCAUCAAGGUCCACAACGAGGCCACUGGCAAGAGCUCUUGGUGGAUGUUGAACCCCGAGGGCGGCAGGAGUGGGAAGGCCCCACGGAGGAGGGCAGCCUCCAUGGACAACAGCAGCAAGCUGACCCGAGGCCGGGUCAAAGCCUCCAAGAAGAAGACGGCGACGUUGCCUGAGGGGGCCGAGGGUCCUACUCCCGCCAGUCCCGGGAGCUACUACCCCAAAUGGCCAGGUAGCCCUAGUCCCCGAAGUCCAGAUGACUCCGAGGUGUGGACGGCCUUCCGUCCACGCAGCAGCUCCAAUGCCAGCAUGGCCAGUGCCCGACUGUCCCCCAUGGGGACAGGGCUGGGACCGGAGCCUGAAGCGGGGGUAGCCGAGGAGGAGGUGUUAGCCUCCCUCACUUACCCAGGCAGUGUUCCCCCAACAGUCAAUGAGGAGCUGGAGCUGCUGGAUGGGCUCAAUCUCACAACCCCAAGGCCUCUUUUGCCCCAGGGUGCUGCCUCGGGCUUCUCCCUGCAGCCUGCUGGGGGCUCUGGCCCCCCAGCUGCUUUCACUGGCCCCCUGUUUGGCCCUUCCGAGGGGGCUCUGCCACCUGGGGAAGGGCGCUUCUCCAGCUCCCAGACUCUGGAGGCCCUGCUCACCUCUGAUUCCCCACCCUCCACUGAUAUCCUUAUGACCCAAGUGGAUCCCAUCCUCCCCCAGCCCUCAACCCUUCUUCUGCCUGGGGGGCUGCCUGCUUCCAGCCCACUGCCCCCAGGAGUCAGCCUGGGCCCUAAGCCCUUGGAAAGCCAAGGCUCAGGCCCUCUGCCUCCUGCCCUCACCCUGAUGGCAGCCCCUGUGGGCAUGGAAAGCACUCCUGCCCCUAAGGCCCCGGAGCCUGCUGUGCCCCCUCUCUCCGAUGAAGCUACAGACCAAGACCAAAUGCCCCAGGACCUGGACCUAGAUGUGUACAUAGAGAACCUGGAGUGUGACAUGGAUCACAUCAUCAGCGACCUAGUGGAUGGGGGCGAAGGGCUAGAUUUCAACUUCGAGCCUGGUUCCGGAGCCCCUAGUUACCCUAACAACUCACAGCCCUCUACCCACUCCUGGGUCCCCAGCUAAGUCUGACCAGGUCCCUGGACCAUAGCUGGGAGCUCCUUCCCCUGCCCCCCUCCCCCAAGAAGGAGCCGAGAAUGUCCCCUUUCCUUCCUACCCUUGGUCCCUCCCCCGGGACCAGAGCCCCUCAGGUCUGGGCAUGGGGGACUUAUAAAUGUCCAACUGCUUUCAAGGGGGUAUCUGAGGGGUGGGAGGGAGGGGGUUUAUUCUCACUGUGCCAACAGGGGCUAAGGCCCCCCCUCCCCCCUCCCAGGAGCCACCCUCUGCCUCUGUUCCCUUCCCCCUGCCCCCCCCAUAAGAGCGUCGCAUGGGCGCUGCCACACACACACACUCACCACGCAUAUACACACACACACUCCCCCAAAGGCUUUGGGGCUGCUGCCGGGGCAGGCAGUGCUCCUGGGAAUGUGAAGCCGCUAGUGGCCUUACCCCUGCCUUUGGGAGCAGGACCUUUUGUAGAGAGCUUUAUCCAGGCAGGCUGGGCCAGGCCAGGAAGGCUGGGCUGGGCUGGGCUGGGCUGGGCUGGGCUGGGCUGGGCUGGGCUGGGCUGGGCUGGGCUGGGCUGGGCUGGGCUAAGCUCCCUGGCUCACUCCCUCUCUCACUCAGUAGGUUGGCCACAGCCCGCCAGGGCCUGGGCUUUUUUUAUGCAGUGAUCCCCAAACUGGGGGUGGGUGGGGGCAGGGACAGAGGAGGGCCCAAGCCUGAGCCCUGGAGCAGCCAGCCAGGCCAAGGCAAGCCUUUGGAAAGCUGCAGAUAACCUAAAAGCUUUUUAUAAACUUUUUACGAUAUAUAAACACAAGUAUAGAGAUUUUAACAGAGAGGCAAGGUGCUAGGGUUUGGGGGGGGAUUGCUUUUCUUUGGGAAGGCUUUAUAAUCGUGACACAAGGCAAACACUACAGACGGCAGACAGACAGACAGACAGACAGACACAUCCAGAUGCUAGGGAAGGAGGCUCAGUCCCUGGCAAGCCCCAGGGGAAAGGGGGAGAGGAACUGCAGAAAGACGGAACAGCCUGGCCUCCCCAGGGAGAGGCCAGUCCCAGGAAGGCUGUGGGGGCUGGGGGGGGGGGCCUGUGGUGGCUUCGGGAAGGAUCCCCCAUUUGUUUGGAGAAGGAAGGAGCUCAAGCGCCCCGAGUCCAGGGCCAGUCUUUAGCCCUUGGAGCUCCUGCCUGGGCACUGAAUUCAGUGCCACCACUGCCGCUGCCACCACCACUGCCGCUGCCACCGCCACUGCCGCCGCCACCGCCUGCUGCCGUUGCUGUUGUUGCUGCUGCUGCUCCUGCUCCCACCAAUGCCACCACCACCGCCACCACCGCCACCGCCACCGCCACCACCACCACACCACUACCACCACCAGGGCUGGGGGAUGACUUGGGCGGGUGUCUACAGACCUCCCUCCUCAGAGCCUUGGCUAGCUCCUCCCCCAGCUCCCUCAGCACAGUCCCCUGCCCCUCCCUGCUGUGGGUUCCCAUCGUGUCCUGGGUCCUGCCCAGAUUGUGUCAAUGUAUGUAUGUACUAGAUCCAAGUGAGAAAGUGUGUCAAAUGAUUAAAUUAAAUAAAUGGAGACAUAAAUAAAUAAAUGGCAAACAUAAAGAAAUAAAUAAAUAGAUAAAUACCUGGAA